AUGCCUGCAUAUCAAGGCAAUGACUUGGUGGGUGAUAUUCGAGUACUGCAUCGAGUAUUUUGGAGUUAUUACCCCUGUAUUAGGGCAUUCAGACAUUGUAAGCCAAUUGUCCAGGUGGAUGGGACUCACUUGUACGGAAAGUAUAAGGGUUGUCUACUAGUGGCAGUUUCACAGGAUGGCAACAACAAUAUCGUCCCAAUUGCGUUUGCUAUUGUGGAGAGAGAGACUUCUGAUGCAUGGCACUUCUUCCUUAGUAAUCUUCGUCAACAUGUUGUCACUCGGGAUGGUGUAGGCCUAAUAUCCGACCGACACGAAUCCAUCAAUGCAGCUGUGGAACGCAGAUAUUCGAGGACGGUACGGGAGUAUGAAGUGCGUUACCAGCGAUUACGGGAACGGGGGGAAGCGUAUACAAACUGGUUAAACCGAAUUCCUCGCGAACAGCUAAACGAGCUGUUCACUAGAAAAAGAGCGGAGGCAGAAGCGCGGAUUAAUGCUGGCCAUGUGUUCUCCGAUGUCGUGACCUCGAAGUUGCAUGCAAACCAACUUGCAUCAGGAAACAUUCAGGUCAGUUGUUUUGACCGGCAGAAUGAGGUCUUCGAGGUGCGUGAGAUGCCAAGCGGACUGGAGUUUGCAGUCGAUCUAUGUGGUCUUCGAUCUGACUGUGGUGAGUUCCAGAUGGACCAAGUUCGGCGGGUGUACCGAGCAAGGUUUAGGCCACUAGGUAACUCUACGACAUGGCCUACGUACAAUGGUCCUCGUUUCGUACCGAAUCCGUACCUGAGACGCGUCUCGAAAGGUCUCCCGAGGAUGACGCACUUCUUGAAUGAGAUGGACACGCGAAUGUUACGUCGUCCUAGGCGAUGUAGGCUAUGUGGAGCUGAGGGACAUAGUCGUAGUAGAUGCCGUCAGUCAGCUGGUACAAAUGCCAACGGAGAUGCUCAAUAG